AGCAUCAACAGAACCGUGUGCCACCACCAACCAUUCAAAGACAAACUACAAGAUUUUGGAUUAGAAGAUAAAUGUGUGUGUGGCUACUCUAAGCUCAUCUAAUACUCCUGUAAGAAAAACAAUGGCUGAAGGAGCUUUGUUCCACCUUGCAGAAAAAGUCCUUGAACUGCUGCGUUCCUUAACUCUCCAAGAGGUCAAACUGGCCUCUAGUGUCAAAACAGAGAUUGAAAAACUAACAAACACUGUUACCACAAUCCAAGCAGUGAUUCUAGAUGCAGAAAAGCAGAGUUCUCAAGACCAUCAGAUCAAAGAUUGGCUCAGAAAGCUUAAGGAUGUUCUCCAUGAUGCAGAUGACUUGCUGGAUGAUUUCUCCACUGAUGUUUUGCGACAGAAAGUGAUGACAAAGAAGGUACGCAUUUUCUGUUCAAGUUCUAACCGGCUUACUUUUAGUCCUAAGAUGGGUCAUGAAAUAAAAGCAAUUAGGGAGAGACUAAAUGCCAUUGCAAAAGAUAAGGAGGAUUUUCAUUUUAGUCAAAGCUUCGUUGAGCCACAAGUCAUGAAUAGGGAAAGGGGAGCUUAUUCUUUUGUAUUUGAAGAAGUUGUUGGAAGAGAGAAUGAUAAGGAAGUGAUUAUAGAACGUCUUUUUAAUGAUAGUGUUGUAGAGAAUAUUUCUAUCAUUCCAAUAGUUGGCAUUGGAGGAUUGGGGAAGACAACCUUAGCUCAGCUAGUAUAUAAUGAUGAAAAUGUGGACAAAAAUUUUGAGCUAAAGCUUUGGAUUUGUAUCUCUGAUAUCUUUGAUGUAAAACGAAUUGUUAAAGAAAGUUUAGAACAAUUGACAAAGAGGAAGCAUGAAGGAAGCUUUGAGAUCUUGGAAAAACAGUUUCGAGAAGGAUUUAAUGGAAAAAAAUACUUGCUUGUCCUGGACAAUUUGUGGAUUGAGGAUAAAAAGAAAUGGCUUCUCUUGAGAAAUUUGCUAAUGGUUGGUGCAAGGGGAAGUAGGAUAAUCGUGACCACACGCUCAAAAAGGGUAGCAUGGAUAAUAGGGUCAAUUUCAUGGUAUGCUCUAAAAGGCCUACCUAUAGAAAAGAGUUGGAGCUUGUUUGUAAAAAUGGCAUUUGAACAAGGCCAACUGCUAGAACACCAAGCCUUUAUAAGCAUAGGAAAAGAGAUUGUAAAAAAGUGUGGUGGGGUACCUCUCAUCGUAAGGACGAUAGCAAGCUUGCUACGUUCCAAACCUUCAGAAAAUGAAUGGCAAUCCUUCAAAAACUAUGAACUCUCAAAAAUAACAAAACAAGAAGAAUAUGAUAUUUCAUUAACACUUAAGUUGAGUUAUGAUCAUCUACCAUCACACUUAAAGCAAUGCUUUGCUUAUUGUAAAUUGUUUCCAAAAGAUUCCAAAAUUGAUGUAAAAACACUUAUUCAUCUUUGGGCAGCGCAAGGUUUUAUUAAGUUAUCAAAUUCAAAGCAACGUAUUGAGGAUGUUGGCAAAGAGUAUUUUAUGGUAUUACUUUGGAGGUCUUUUUUUCAGGAUGUAAUAAAAGAUGAAUUGGGCAAUAUAGUAUUUUGCAAAAUGCACGAUCUCAUGCAUGAUCUAGCAAAUCUUGUGGCUGGGGCAAAAAGUACCAUGUUAACUUUAAGUGAGGAAAAUAUUGAUGAAAAACUUCGUCAUGUAUCAUUUGAUCUUAGGUAUUCAUUGAGGCAAUUCCCAAUCCCCAUGGUUAAAGGAAUGAAAAUACGAACAAUUCUUGGAGCUAGUGUAGGGCAAGAGUUGGGUAAAUUAACUUGUGAUGCACUCAUUUCAAAUCUCAAUUAUUUACGCACAUUAGAUUUGAGUAAAUUAAAGCUAUGUGUAGUGCCAAAUUCAAUUGGAGAAUUAAAGCAUUUACGAUAUCUUGAUCUUUCUGAAAAUGAAGAUAUUGAAUUUCUCCCUAAUUCCAUUACUAAACUGUUGAAUUUGCAAACAUUAAAACUCAAGUAUUGUAAGUCGCUUAGAGAAUUACCGAGGGAAAUUAAAAAUUUUGUCAAUCUCAGGCAUCUAGAUAUUUUUGAAUGUCAAAGAUUGACUCAUAUGCCCCUUGGACUUGAACUUUGUACUUCUCUUGAGAUACUACCACUUUUUGUUGUAAGCAAGGCUAAGUGUAGUGGUGGAUUGAGUGAAUUGAAGGAGUUAAGUAAUUUGGGAGGAAGCCUAAGUAUUAACAAUUUGGGACAUGGAAAAGAUGACAUGCUGGAGCUGGAAUGUGAAGCUGCAAAACUGAAGGAGAAACAACAACUUCAACAAUUGAAAUUAUGGUGGGACUCAAGGUGGGCUGAAAAUAAUUUAAGUUAUGAUGAAAUGUCACUAGAAAAGCUCCAACCACAUCCAAAUCUUAAAGCUUUGAAGUUGUGGUUUUAUAUGGGUGUGAUAAUUCCAAGUUGGGUUUCUUCGCUCACUAAUAUUGUUGAUUUGGAAUUCUAUAGAAACAGAAACUUGCAACACCUCCCACCAUUAAAUCAACUACCUUUUCUAAAGUCCGUCAUCCUUAAGUAUAUGGAAGCACUUGAAUACAUAUCAAAAGAUACUAUUAGUAAAGCACUUGGUUCCUCAAAAACAACAUUCUUCCCAUCCUUAUCUUCUCUCAUAAUGUAUGAAUGCCCAAAUUUGAAGGGUUGGUGGAGGAAAGUUGAUGGUAAUGAGCCAGGCCAUCUUUUACUACCCUCAUUUCCUCGUCUUUCUUUUUUAAAGAUUACCGAAUGCCCUCACAUGUGUUCCAUGCCCCUGUUUCCAUAUCUCAAAGAAGGGCUUGUAUUAGAUACAACUAGCUUGAAGGCAUUUCAGCAGACAAUGAAUAUGGGAGCAACACAGAGUCCAUCAACAACAGCAACGACAUCAACCUCCGCAACAUUAGAAGAGGUUAACGAUUUAGAAUCUCUUCUAGAGGAGAAGUGUUUACGAAACCUCGUUUCUCUCCGAAAACUCUUCAUUUACAACUGUAAUGGACUCAGGUCUCUCCCUUGUAAAGGUAUUCAACAUCUCACCUCACUUCAAGAGAUGGAAAUCAUGUACUGCAAUGAGCUUGCGCUACUAAACGAUGAAGAUGAUGGCAUGCAAUGGCAAGGCCUUAGGAGCCUCCGUUUUCUUCAUUUAGAGAGAAUUCCAAAAUUUGUGUCUCUGCCAGAUGGGCUUCAACAUGUUACCACUCUAAAAUAUCUCAAAAUUAUUAAUUGUCCUAAUUUGAUGGCUUUACCAGAGUGGAUAGGCAACCUCACAUCACUAACAAAACUUGAAAUUGACAAAUGUCCGGAAUUAGCAUCACUACCUCAAGGGAUUCACAAGCUCACUGUCUUACAAGAGAUAAUAAUUACUGAAUGUCCCCUCUUACAACAAAGAUGCCAGAGACAAACAGGAGAAGAUUGGCCCAACAUUGCUCAUGUCCCAUAUGUGUAUGUGGAUAAUAAAGCAACACAAAGCUUCUUAAGGAACUUUUUAUUUUCAAAUGGUUGAAUCUUUUGGACCUAGUUGCACCUUCUACUGCUGCAGCCUCUACCUCAUCUCCAAAUACAUCAGAGAGGGAGCCAGCACACACUGAGUAUGGAGGAUUGUGUGAUGGUGGAUGAAGUGUAUAAAGUUUUUAGGCCAAAGAGAAGCAGUUUGAUUAAAUGUCCCAAAAGUGGAGUAAUUUGCUGCAAAGUGAUGCAGAGGGAUAAAAGCCAUAAUAUGGCUGUGAAGUUCACCAUUGGAUGGCCAUCAAAAGGAAAUUAUACAACAUUAAGUAUACAUAGAGCAAUUAUUUUGUAUUAAACAUUAAGUAUACAUAUAUCGCAAAUUUUCUAUUAAGUCUAAUUUUGAACUAUUACAAAGAAUAUCACAUAAUGAUGUGGAUUGGUCAUCCCCUUCCAAGCACACGCGUUCUUGUGUGUGGGGUCCACACUUCCAACUAGAGCUUGGUUUUGAUACUAUCUGUAAUGACUCAAGAAAAAACGCUAGCCACAUCUACGCUAUACCUUAAAAGGAUUGGUCAUAAUUGAAGCUCUAUGUAGUUGUUAAUAAAACCUAGUUCAACCUA